GUCUGCUCGAACUACGAGGACUUCAUGCUGUGCCCGAGCUGCUCCGAGAAGGACCAGAAGUGCCUGUGCUGCGGCAUCAGUCAUCUCGACUCCCCGCCGAAGCCCGCGCCGCCGCCGAACUGCCUGUUCCCAGGAAAGGGCCUCUCCCUGCCGCAGAUCAAGCCCCUGGUCGUGGGCACCUGGUACUGCGCCUUGCACGACUCCUCGGAGAAGCGCGUGAAG